ACGAGUCGCCACCGGGGAAAGAGCCGUGCGUCCCGACAGCUGGUGUGUGAGCAGGUGGUGAUGGCCUGGUGCAGAUUUCUACAGUUCCUCUCUAACCCGUGAUGGAGAGAAGCUAAAAAGCAUUCCAAGGAAGAGAAAACGUUCUACAACCAUGGGUAAUUCCUAUGCUGGGCAGCUGAAGUCUGCUCGCUUCGAGGAGGCACUCCACAACUCCAUCGAGGCCUCACUGCGUUCAAGCAGCGCUGAUCCACAGCCCAUAUUCACACAACUUUACCUGGAACCUGACCAGUACCCACCCGACCUGGAUGACAUUAAGUCUAAAGUGGACUUGAGCCUCAGGUCUGAUGCCGUUGGACAUGUCUUGAUGAACUGCCAGUCAUCCAAUGGCCUUGAAGACAUUGAUGAUGAAGAUGAAUCAGAUUCCAGCAGCCCUCCCCUGCCAUACCUCCAGCGCCCACCCCCUGAAGGCUGCUGCACUCUAGAUGGAUUCUGCCAGGCGGGCAAGGACCUUCGGCUGGUCUCUAUGGCAACUGACUCCAUCAACGUCCCAGCUGGGUUCGAGCUGGUGGGCGCCAAGUCUCCCAGCAUCCCGGAGCACAUCCUGGUGUGUGCUGUUGACAAACGCUUCCUUCCAGAUGAGAACGGGAAGAACGCACUUCUAGGGUUUUCAGGGAGCUGUGCGGGUUGUGGAGAGAAAGGUUUUCGGUACUUCACCGAGUUCUCCAACCACAUCAACCUGAAGUUGAGCACCCAGCCCAAGAAGCAGAAGCACUUAAAGUAUUACCUGGUGAAGAACUCCCAGGGAACCCUCUGCAGAGGAGCUCUCAUCUGCUGGAAAGACUGUAAGACGAGGCAGUUCUCGAGUGCAUCUUCAUCCAAACCCAGUUCCUCAUCCUCACUCAGCAGUAAAGAGAACGGAGGUGCCAAUGGUCACAGUCCCUCCUCUUUUUCUGUCUCAGACUCUCCUCCUGCGCGAGGGCAGUCCAGCUCAUCAUCCGGCAUCUUUGGGACUCCAGAACCCGGACAGGAGUGUGGCUUCCUCAAGCCUCUGACCACCACACCCCACAUAGCCAAGACUUUACCCAUAGUGCCAACCGCUCUGCGCGUUAAUGGUCUGGCCAACAACUUGAGCUUAGAAGGCCGGUCAACUCUGCUUAGCCCAACUCACACAAACCCACUGGCCACACCCACACACGGUUACCGGCCAAUUGAACAAGGAGACAGCCCAGCAUCCUCUGCCAUGGCAUCAGGACCACCAAAGAAGCGCCACCGUAGUUGGCACCCAUCACCUGCGGUGCCCGUCCCAGUGACGGCAGUCCCUGUGCCUGCCAUCCGCCCGCUGCCCUGUGGCGCAGUCGGAGGUUCUCUUCUGCCCUUCACCAGUCACCAGCCUGUGUCAGGCGUCAUACAGCCCCAGGCUGUCGCUGCUGGAGAGACGGUCAUCAUCCCGGACAAUCUGCUCCACACAUCCGGGAUUCGCCCCGUCAUCCUGAUUGGUCAGGGAGCUUUACCAUACUUCUUUGGCAAUGUGAGUGAUGUAGUAGUGAGCCCCCUGCUGGUGAGCUGCUACAACUGCAGCCAACUGAGUGAGAAAAGCUUAGCUACCUUGGGGCUGUCUGCAAGCCAGUGCCCAUCUACAGAGACAAUGAUCCUCCUCACCCUGCAGUAUCUGGCUCGUCUGGGUGCUGAGCAGAUCCCUCUGAGGGAGGAGUUUGAGCAGAUGAUGCUGAAGGCGGUCCUGUGUGGGGCUGCAGCUCCUCCCCCCUCAUCCCUUUCGCCUGUCACACGCGCCCAGCUGCCCUGGCUGGCCCGUGUGGAGGCCAGCGUCUCGGGGGGCAGCGUCCAGGUACUGGUGAGCCAGGCUUCCCUGGGGGACGGCAUCUCAGAGACGCUGCGCUCGCUCAGCGAGGCUCCGCCCACCCUGCAACAGCAGGUGCUGCCACGCUACGUCCUCAUAAUCCACGCCACCGUGGGCGGAGCCUACGACUUCUGCGUGAUGGUGCUGGGUAAAUACCAGGCGCGGGCACUGGCAGAGGGCAUGCUCACCACCAGCGAGUUUCUGAAGGAAAUCAGCUAUGAGCUCAUCACAGGGAAGGUUGCUGUGCUGGCCUCCCAUUUCAACAAUACCUCGCUAGGCAAUGAUCUGGAGAAGGAGCUAGUGCGUUACCAGCGGCGACGGAAGCAGCAAGUAGUCCAGCCUUUUCAAGGGGACCUGAGGGAAUAUGUGCACUCCCAGGAGGCUGCUGGCAUGGUGCCAGACCCAGGGCCCGAGCUGCUGAGUGAAGCCUUUCAGAUCUUCCCACCACAGCUGAGCGUGGCCAGGAGUCUCCUCUCUCUGGUGUGCAGCAUCGCCGACUCAGGUAGCCAGAGUCUCGACCUGGGCCGCUUCUCCAAGGUGGACUUCCUGGUCCUAGUGCCUCCUUCUCACGUGCUGCUGCACCAGACAGCUCGACGCAUCCACCAGUCUGGCGUGUUGGUGGAUCUGGGUAUGGAAGAUGCUUCCUCAGCCUCCCAGAAGGCAGAGAGGUACGUGGCACGGCUGGAUGGUGAGGUUCAUGCCAAAAUGGAGGCCUUCAUGAGGAAAGUGAAACAGAACCCAUACACACUCUUCAUCCUCAUCCAUGACAACUCCCACGUCGACCUGACCAGCGCUAUGUCCAGUUCCGUGUCUCACGGAGAACAGCAGGGUUUGGCUGAUCGGGUGGUGAACAGCCCUGAGGUGUUGGAGGCUGAGAAUCUGCUGCUCCUGCAGGUCAGCUCCUUCCCUUUCACCCUGCAAAGCCGACAGUCCCGGAUCAGCAUCCACCACGAGGUCCACUGGCCCAGCACCACCCCCAGCACCACUCCCAACACCACCCAUUGCCCUCAGGAGGCGCUGUCUCCUAAGGAACUAGUGUAUUUUGGGCUGAGGGGUUACUGCGACUCCCUUCAGUGGGGCGUGGCAAGUCCCAUCCUGCGCUGUGAUGAAGCCUUUGAGCAGAUGGUCAACGCUCUGCUUGAACGACACCCCCACCUGCACAGUAUGGUGGUCCGUAGCUUCCUGCUAAUCCAGCAGUACACCGAGGCUCUGGUGGCGCUGACGGCCUGCCCGUCGCUGCGGGACCACGUCACGCCGCAGACGCUGGCCAUGACGGAGGGCGUGUUGCAGGGGGCAGAGCGGGGCCAGGGCCGCGGGCACAUGCUCCUGGUGCGUGUGCCUUCUCUGCAGCUGGCACGGCUGGCACGGGAGAGACUGGAGGCUGCACAGGAGAGACUCGGCCUGCAGUAUCGCUUCGCUGUGCUUCUGGGGAGCCCCGCCUCUGAGCUCACACUGCCGCCGCACUUCUGCAUGCGGCUGAGGGCCUGGCGUGGUUGUAACAGUGAUGAGUGGACCCCUCUCACAUAUGAGGAUCUGGAGGACUUACCCUGCAUCGUCAUCCUCACAGGGAAAGAUCCACUGGGAGAGACCUUCCCCAGGUCUCUGAAGUACUGUGAUCUUCGGCUCAUUGACUCCAGCUAUCUGACUCGGACGGCUCUAGAACAGGAGGUGGGGCUAGCCUGCACGUAUGUCACACGGGCCGUGAUUCCUGAUGCCAUGGUGACUGCAGACAAGGAGGAGGCCCAGAGAGAGGAAGAGGAGGAUGAGGAAGAGCGAAGUGCAGGGGGCAUCACAGAGCCAGAUGACUUGCAGACUGAGCUGGAGAGGCCUCCAAGCAACGGCAGCGCGAUCACCCGCACUUCUGGCUCUCUAACGGAAAAUGGUGUUAGUUCCUCUGAUGUUCCUGACUCCUCCCACAAAUCCUUCUCUGGCCCCUCCUCCCAAGCUGAACCAGCCAGUAGCAGUGGUUUCACGGACUGCAGCACCUCCCCCCACCGUAUCAAACAGGAGUGCGACUCCCAGGGCCCUGCCUUCUCUUCCUCUGCCCCGCCCUCUUUCUCCUCUGCCUCUUCAUCUUCGUCCUCCUCGUCCUCCUCCUCGUCCCCGGGGGCGCAGAGGCCGAGCCAGUCCACGCAGGCUCUGUGUCGGGGCAGUAGGCCACGCGUCUUCCCCCGGGCGGUGGUUCUGUCCCGGGCUGCGUAUCGCCUCCUGGCCCCUGAAGCCCCGGGCCAGCCUUGCUCCGGGUCACUCCUCCCCCACGGGGACGUGGCGUGGAGCGGGCCCCUCCGCCCUCCUGUGCCCCACCAGCUGGGCGGCACCGAGCAGUCGCUAUACUACCGCCAGUGGACGAGCGCACGCACGCACCACGCUGAUUACGGCGGCCCUGGCGGCCCCCAACCUCGCAGACUUCUGCUCAGCGGGCCUCCCCAGGUGGGAAAGACUGGAGCCUACCUGCAGUUUCUACGCAUCCUGUUUCGCAUGCUCAUCAGACUGCUAGAGGUGGACGUGUACGACGAAGACGAGUUGGAGGAAGAUGUCACACUGGAGACGACGUCUCCCCUCCCUAGCACCCCCCAGUGGCCUGACCUGGAAGAUAUACAAAAGAUGCCCUUUGACCUAUGCCCUCGAGACCCCAAGUUCAGGCAUUGCAGCGCAGUGUAUUCAGACAGACCCAGAAGAGUAAGAGGAAAUGAGUGUGAUGAAGAUGGCGAGGUGAAGAAGAACACUGUUUCGAUCCGGCUGAGCAUAUUUGCGGCCCACAAUGCAUUUCAUCACUGCGAACAGUGUCAUCAUUACAGUGAACCAGGCCCCGUCCGUCCGCUGUGUGAGUACACCUUCCACGUGUUCUCGUUCUGCUCCUCUAUGCUGGGUGAGGAGGUUCAGCUUCACUUUGUCAUCCCCAAGACCAAGGAGUGUCAUUUCAUCUUUAGCCAGCAGGGGCACCAUCUGGAGAGCAUGCGCCUGCCUCUGCUCUCCGACCAGGAGCCAGGCAUGUUGAAGAGUCCACUCUUCACUCUAACCACAGGUCGACAGGAGCAUGGUCUGUUGAACCUCUACCACGCCAUGGAGGGAGUCCCACACCAGCACAUCCUGGUGGUCAAACAGCAGGAGAUGCCCCUCUACAGGAAGUACUGGCCCAACCAUGUGCUGCUGGUGCUCCCUGCGGUCUUCAACAGUUCCGGCGUCGGUGCUGCACGGUUCAUGAUUAAGGAGCUCUCCUACCAUAACCUGGAGCUGGAGCGGAACAGGCGGGAGGAACAGGGUGUCCGUCGCCAUGACGUCUGGCCUUUCAUCGUCGUCAUGGACGACUCCUGUGUGCUGUGGAAUGCACACCGGCCCAGUCACCAUGGCAACAAUGGCCCUGUGGAGGUGACUAACGUGUCUCUGAGGAAUGUUCUGCUCCAUAUGGAGGCCACCCCUAAGCUGUGCGAGUACGCUGUGUUUGGUGUCAGGAGGUGGAGCAGUAAGAUGGCAUCAGGGCCUGUCGGAGCUCCCUUCAGCCGAUGUCACCUUCAUGACCUCAUACUGCUCAAUGUUGACCUCACGCAGAAUGUCCAGUACGACCUCAACCGGUACACAUGUGAAGAGGUGGACUUCAACCUGAGAGUGAACAGCAGUGGCCUCCUGGUCUGUCGUUUCAACCACUUCAGUAUCAUGAAGAAGCACAUCCCUACUGGUGGACAUAAAGCCCUCCACAUCAAACCCAAGCACACGGGCAUGGAGAACACAGCUCCCAUCAGCGCAUCUCAGUACGUGUGUGCCCCAGACAGUGAGCACCCCCUGCUGGAUGCUCCAGCCCAGCUGCUGCUGGAGAGGUUUCUGCAGAGCUGCAGUCCGCACCUGUUUCCCCAGGCCCUCCACAACAGCACCAACCCCGUGCUGGCCAUCGACAGCUACCUGGACCUCGGCCCAAAGGUGUCUGUGUGUUAUGUUAGCUCCAGACCACACUCUGUGAAUCUGGACUAUAAUGGUGUGGAGUUUAGUGGUCUGCUGCUGUACCUGUGUGACUCCUUCGUUGUUGCUGGUCUCCUGAAGAGAUUCCGCUUCCUGAAAGGUGCCACACUCUGUGUGGUUUCACAGGACCGUAGUUCUCUGCGUCAGACCAUCGUGCGCUUGGAGCUGGAGGACCAGUGGCAGUUCCGUCUGCGUGAUGAGUUUCAGACGGCAAACUGUAGCGAGGGAAGGCCUCUGUACCUCCUCACGGGACGGCACAUCUGACCACACACUCCGCGGCCAGGACAGGACAAGGAAUGACGAAGUCUUCACCCUGUCCUUCUUCACCUCUGAACAGCCUCCUGUGAGGAGCUACCUCGCACACUGUUCAAGACCUCGAGAAACUCAUCCAGUCCUGCAGCUCACUCCUACACCUGGAAAACAUCCUUCAUCCUCACUUGGAAAAUCCACUGUAUCCCGUGGAAUUUUUACAACACAUUUUGAGAAGAUUGAAGAUUUGUAUUUUGUCAUCAUCAUUUUGGCCACAAAUCAAACUUGCACAGACAACUUGCACAGACACAGAGAUUCUUUGUAAAUGAUUGUAAACUGGACUCCUCUGUGGGGUCCUCGGUAUGUCUCCCUGUGGACAUAUACUUGAUCUCAGGGCAAAAAAGACUUUCUUACUACUGUUAUGAUUUUCUCUUCAUUUUGUGUAUUUGCUUAGCAAGGGUUUGCUAGCCAGACUUAGCCUGUACUCUUAACCCCAAAGAAGCAGGAGUUCCCUGCCACAGGUGUGCACUGUUGUGUUGGACCAAACCGGAAGUGGUCCUCCCCAACCUCGUCAGGCGCAAGACUCGCACAUUCUAACCGAACACCAUCACUCUCCAAACCAAGGGUUGCGUGCUCACUGAUCAAAAUCAGUUGUGUAUUUCAAAGUCAUCAAACUUAUCAGUCAGAAGCUGUUGAGGCUAUAUCGCUGAUGUAGUGUUUUACAACCACCGUUUCCAUGCCAACAUUGCUGUUGUAGUAUUUUCCAGCUGUGAUCUUUAUAUUGAUUUAGCUGCUUUGCUGAGCUAAAUUGCUACAACACUCACUUUGUUGAGUGUGGUAUGAACACGUAGUUCAGUAAGUAGUUGACUGUGCAUGAGAGACAUUUCUGUCAUCUUCACUUCACUGGAUUCUUUCUUGGGAGAGGAGCUUCAGGCGUUACAUUAUAGUGGACAGGCCAGGGACCUCCUCACAACGUUCUCAGCUCAGAACGUUCUGUCUGCACAUACAGACACUUCCUAAUACCAAAAUAAAUCACCUUACCUUGUGCCUUUCAAAAUAUGACAUCAGACAGCUCCCAAAGAGUCCAUCAGACCCAUCCUGAUAUGCGUCUACCAUCUGUCUUUAAAAAAACAGACAGACAAUAAAGCGCCAUUCAGAGAUCUUGGGUUCAUGUUCUUCAGCCAUUUUGGAUGAGUCCAUGUUCUGACUGCAGUCCUGAGCAUUAUGGCAGUGUGCAUGACACUAAUGCUAGAAUUAGCCACAGUCUUUAUGAGAAUUAGCCACUGUCUGAUUAUUAGAAUUAGUCAUUGUCUGAUUCCACUCGAAGUAAAGCCGUAAUCUGGACCUGGAGACUGAUGCUUGUCAUAGUUACCAUGGUUGCCAAGCUUGAGAUCAGUAGAGAUCAGUUCAUUAAUAGUUAUGCAAUCUUUUUUUAAUAGCUGGGAAUGACCCUCAGUAGAAUUGCACACACUGACACAGUGUGGCUGUCUAAAUGGAGUUGGUGUACCAGGGAAACUAGAAACCAGAACAGAACAGCCAAUGCCCCAACAGUACCAAUGACCCAACUGUACCAAUGACCCAACUGUACCAAUGCCCCAACUGUACCAAUCACCCAACUGUACCAAUCACCCAACUGUACCAAUGACCCAACUGUACCAAUGACCCAACAGUACUAAUGCCCCAACUGUACCAAUGACCCAACUGUACCAAUGACCCAACUGUACCAAUGACCCAACUGUACCAAUGCCCCAGCAGUGCCAACGCCCCAAGUGUUCCUAUGCCGCCGCUGUACCAAUGCCCCAACUGUACCAAUGCCCCAACAUUUGUGUCACAUCUAGACAGUGGAUGCUUUUGUCAGUGGACUUUUGACGCAAGACAGGUGGAGUGUGAUGGAUGUGAAAAAGUGUUAUUUAGUGUUAUGAGGAGCUGGUAUUAAUAUAUUAAAUCUUUGUCACUUUUGGGGUUGGGGUGUCAUUCUUAAGCCACAUAUAUGGAUGAAAACUACAUUCUCUCUUUGUUUUCCAUGAAGGUGUAAAGAGAAGAAUCUACCUAGGAUAGUUGUUUGCUUCUUAGUGCCACGCUCUGUGGUGUCUUGUUGUUUGGGGUUUUUUAUUUAAGACGAAAGAACCGGGUCUCAUUUUUGAGGGACUGUUAUUUAUUUUACAAGCGUCUUGGACUGAUGAUGGUAAUGAGAUGUCUAUAUGGCAUGCUUCAAGGAUCGUCCUGAGAGUCAUCACACAGAACCUUUGCACACAUCCGCAGAGACUGAAUGUAUAGCGUGGCCGUAGCGUGGGGUAGACACGAACGAGGAGUGUGAACUUGCACUGUACCGUCAAUAGUCUUUACGUAGCCAACCAGUCUGAACCCGUUGGCCUGUUCUGAGUAAAAGUAAUUAAAACCAGUAUUGAUUUGAAUGAAGAACUAUGAAAUGUCCAUUUGAGGACCUUGCCUUGCGACCCCUAGAAUGUGUCUCGUUUGUACAUAAAAAGAUGUGCACAUAAAUUAUGCAAUUUGCUUCUCACAAUCUUUUCCGAACCCUUGUCUUCUGUGCGUCCAUAAGCCCGCAGAGCAGCUGACUGUUCUCAAUGUGGAAUCAUUUGCAGUGGUCUACCUCAUGAUCGGCUAGGUUGGUGCAGGUUUGUGAAAGUGAUUUUAUAAAGCAUUCUCUUUUUGCUGUUGGAUUUCAUGAAUGUAAUAAUAAAGUGAUAUUGAUAUGUGUUAAA